AGUUAAUGCUACUUUUUACUUGCUCUAUACACUUAACACUUACUUUUCUGAUUCGAGGCGUCAGAGCCAGUGCUUUGGUCUCGAAGAGGCACGAGUAACGGUCAAGGACGAAGAGCUAAGAUAACAACUUGCCUCCUUCCAGCAGUAAGAGAGUGUCUCGCACCUCACUGCAGCAUCGUCCAGCAAGUCCACAGACCUCUCAAUGGCGCCUUCUCUCACUUCCGACGCAUUGAACGCCAUCGUUAGCAAUGAAGAAUCAAUGCAAUCGCGCUCUCCACCAAGUUCCUGUGGCAGUGACGACGAUCGCCAGGAAGAGACCGAGUACUUGGAAGUAGCGGAUACUGUGCUAAACGACGACAACUGGAUCUGGCUACGAGACCUGCUGGACGCUGUAUGUGAUGUAUCGGUGCGGAGUCAAGCUAAAGUCUUCUUUGCUCGGUUGUUCAAGGCUCAAGACGCUGCUAGAAUGGAAGCCACGCUGACUGAGAUGGAGAAUUGGCGGAGUGGUCUUAACGAGAGCGAGCAUGAACUGGCGCGUGCGUUGUUCCUGUUAGGAUACGACAAAAGCAUGUCGUUAGGUAAAUAGAGUUAGAAUAGGAACUUUUGACACGAUCAAAUAGACACGAUAUAGAUAAUGGGCAUCUUUUAUUCAAGAUUUUAUCUGGAUUUGAAUGACAAACACAUUGCUCG